AUGUUCGGGGUGCAGCAACAGCUGCAGCCGCCCGCGCUGCCCCCGCACCUCCCGCAGCAGCAGCAGCAGCAGCAGCAGCAGCAGCACCACUACUACCGGCGGCAGCAGCACUACAGCACCCUGCCCGCCCGCCGGGCCUGCCCCGAGCCGCCGGCCUGCCCCGAGCCCCCGCCGUGCCCGGAGCCGCCGCGGCCGCUGCCCUGCCUGGACCCGGCUCCGCACCAGCAGCAGGACGUGCCCUACGACCGGGUGCGCACCUACGGGCCGGGCUGCCGCCGGGUCAGCACCUCCUGCUCCUCCCGGGCCGCCUCGCCGCUGGACUGCGGCCACGGCUGCGACCCGCCACAGGGCACCAUUCGCAGGAUCAUUAUUGAGAACCCGGAUCAGGAGCCAUUAUCUCCUUUUCUUAGAGGGGCCAGUUUCUCUCCUGGAAAUAAUGUCAUCUAUGAAAAGACAAUAAGAAAAUACGAGCUAUUAAAUCCUCUUCAAGAGCGGCAGUUCCAGGCGUGCCCGGCGGAGCAGUGCCCGCAGUGCCCCGCGCUCACCCAGCAGUGCCAGCAGACACAGACGGGCGCUCCCUGCGAGCUGUGCCCGGGCCCGGGCAGCGACGAGUGCCGAGCACACCCCGUGAGGAGGGGCACGGCCCGUCCCGAGCUGGUGAGCUGCCCCCAGGACACCCCUGAGCAGCUGGACUGUCGCUUCUUUGGGGAGCUGCUGGCCGAGCUGCACCGCAAGAGCACUGACCUGUACAGCUGCUUGCUGCAGCACGUGGAGAAGAUUGGGACAAGGAACCACGACAUCGAAUUCACGUGCCAGACUGAAGAUAUUGAAGAAUUAAUUCCCAAAGGACUGUCUGAGGCAACAAAGCAGCAGAUUCGUUAUCUCCUCCAGAUGAGAGCGACAUCAGACAAAUCCCUGAGACUUGUGCUUUCCACAUUCAAGAAUCUGCGUGAGGAGCUCUGCCAUUUGCAGGAUGACCUGGGGAAGCUGGAAACUGACAAUGUCUUGCUGAAGAAGGAUUUGGCUUUUAAGGAUUCUCAAGUGAAAGAAUAUGAAACAAUGCUGGCUUCUCUGAGGGAGAACAAUCGUCAGCAGCAGCAAGGGCUGAGGGACAGCAGUGCCAGGUGCCGCUCCCUGGAGGAACAGCUGCUGUCCCUGCGGCUCAGCGAGGGGGACAAGGACUGCCAGCUGAAGGAGCUGGAGUACAGCAAGAGGGCCCUGGAGCAGGAGAUCCAGAGCCUCAAGCUGCAGAGCUGCUCCAGCCCAAGCCUGCAGACCACGACGGACGAGCUCUCCAGCCGCUACGUGGAGAUGAUCAACAACCUGAGGGAGGACAAGGACAGGGAGAUCCGCAGCCUCAGGUCCCAGCUGUGCCAGUUCCAGCAGGACAUAACCAGGAGAGAGGGGAGCAACAGUGACUUGCAAAUGAGGCUGCAUGAGCUGACAUCGCUGCUGGAGGACAAAGAGGCUUUUAUUAAACAACAGCAAGAGGAGCUCUUCAGACUGAAGCAUGAGAAGUUAUCUGGCAGUCAGUCCCCUGGGGUGACAGCCAUCAUCACUAAAAAGUACAGGAAUCAGUAUCCUAUUCUGGGUCUCCUGUCUGAUGACUACAAGGUCACAUCACCUGUCAAUAAAUCACAAACGAUUGUAAUUGAGAGGACUGGGGAGAUCUGGAAACACGUAAGUUUACCUGGAGAUGGACUGUUCCCUCUGCAGGCCCUAAGUGUUCAAUUUAACUUCAAAGCAAGUAUUACCCAAACUGACAGCUCAGAGAUGCCCUCGUGGUAA